UUUUGUUUUUGUUUUUGGAGAGUUCGCACAGUCUUUGUCGUUUAAGAAGAAACCAGUUGUCGUUUUAGAAUAGCGUGUUUAAAGUGUAAAGUUAUUACAUGAAGAAGAUCAAAUAUGUCUGUCCAUCUUGGAUAUUAAUGAUUUUAUCACAGAAUUCUGAGCUGACAAAAGAGGAGUCAAAGCUGAUGGAGAAAAACCACAAACUGAAGAGAGAGCUGGGAAAGUUAAAGUGUGCGUGACUGAUGGGAAGAAUUGUGCACAUGGAAGUCCUGAAAACAGCCGACUUUGUAUCCAUCACCCACCUUGGUCAUGGACGGGGCUCAAAGCAGCGCACGGCCAGUCUGCUGUAUGAGGUGAUGGUCAUGUACUACACUGGAGUGCCGAAAGCCACCAUGAAGAAGGACCAGAUUCAUGUUGACCACAAACCACAAGAGAGUUUUGGAGCAAGGGCGCCGUCAUCUUGCAAUACCACAGCAUUUGACAUCACAGUGUUGGUUUGCUCCGUUGGCCAGUGAAGUAAUCUGAAGAGUGAUCUCCUGCAUAAAUGCACUUUUCUUUCAGCCUGAGUGAAGAAGGAGUGGCGACACAUGGGUAAAUAAAAGCUGAGACCGGGUGCUUCAGUGCCAAACAUUCUUUGAAUUCAUCGUCUGUCAGAUCACCUGAACUUCACUCGCCAGACAACUCAAACCCACAGUAUUUGACAUAGUUAGAUAUUUUUUCUGUAGAAAUGUCUAGCUCUAACCCCAGCACUACCAGAGGUCCCACGGACGGCACCCCUACAGCUGUGCCGACGACCCCAUCUGCAUCUGCAACCCCGUCUGCGUCUGCAACAGCUGCGACACGGGCUGCUACAGACAAGCUUCUGAUGGUUCGUUCAGUUGACUUCCUGAAAUCCAAGGAUGGUCAGAAUCGUCGUGAGCAUCACACAGACGCUUACUUCAGCGACAAGAUGAUCAUCCGCAGAGGUCAGACCUUCCAGAUGUGGAUCGAGUUCUCAAGACCCUUCAACCCAAAAUCAGACAACCUGCAACUGCAGCUGAAGUUAGAGCCCAUCUUCAUCAGCAGUCCUGGGGUUCGCAUCUCUGUCCCGUUAGUGGACGUACUUGAAGACGGACGCUGGGAGAUGAAGAUCGUGGAGCAAAAAGACAAUCGCGUCCGGCUGUCGGUCAACACUCUUCCCACCGCCUCCAUCGGCCGCUAUAAGGUGACAGUGGAGUCUUUCUCACAGAGGGGCAGACUGCUGUACCCCUGCACCCCGAAUGAUGUGUACAUGCUCUUCAACCCCUGGUGUGAAGAUGACCCUGUGUAUCUGGAUAAUGAAGCACAAAGGAAAGAGUACAUUCUGAAUAGCAUGGGCAGAAUUUACUAUGGAACUGAGCAGCAAAUUGGAGCCAGAACGUGGAAUUUUGCCCAGUUUGAACAGGAUGUCCUGGAAGCGUGUCUGUUCCUGUUGGAGAGGGGUCAGGUCGCUAUGACUGAAUGGAGAGAUCCAGUGAUUGUGUCUAGAAUGGUAUCUGCUCUGGUGAACUCCAAUGAUGACCGCGGUGUGCUGGUGGGUAAUUGGUCAGACAGCUUUGAAGGUGGGACGGCUCCCACCGCAUGGAGCGGGAGUGGAGACAUCCUGAGACAGUAUUACAAAAGUUCAGGGAAGUCUGUCAAAUUCGCCCAGUGCUGGGUCUAUGCGGGAGUCACCACAUCUGUGUUGAGAUGUCUUGGUAUUCCCACCCGUUGUGUGACCAACUUCAGCUCUGCUCACGACACGGACCUUUCCUUGACCACAGACAUUUAUCUUGAUGACAAACUGGAGCUCAUUAAAGACGAGACCAGCGAUUCUGUCUGGAACUUCCAUGUGUGGAACGAAUCCUGGAUGACCCGUCCAGACCUCCCACCAGGUAACGGUGGGUGGCAGGUGGUGGAUGCGACCCCCCAGGAGCCCAGCCAGGGUUCGUACCGUUGCGGUCCCACUCCUGUCUCCGCCGUCCGCAACGGACAAGUCGACCUGAAAUUCGACACUCCUUUUGUCUUUGCCGAAGUGAACAGUGACAGAAUCUACUGGCAGAAGAAACCAGAUGGAAGUGUCAGUCAGGUUCACGUGGAGAAGAACACCAUCGGUCAGCGCAUCAGUACUAAAGCUGUAGGAUCUGAGUCGCGUAUGGACAUCACACACCUCUAUAAAUACCCAGAAGGUUCAGAGGAGGAGCGCAUAGCUGUGGAAACAGCCAGUCGCUUCGGCUCCAAGCCAACUGUGUAUCCGCUGCCCACUGAGAAAGACGUGAGCGUUGAGAUCGUCAUGGAUGGGGCAGGACCUCGUAUCGGUGAAGAUGCUAAACUCUCCAUCGUCCUGACGAACAAAAGCUCAAAGCAGCGCACGGCCAGUCUGCUGUAUGAGGUGAUGGUCAUGUACUACACUGGAGUGCUGAAAGGCACUGUGAAGAAAGAGCGGAUUCCUGUCGACCUCAAACCACAAGAGACCAAGACUAUUCCUUGGACUCUGCAGCAUAAAGAGUACAUAGACCAUCUGGUGGACCAGGGUGCUCUGAUGCUCUCAAUCACCGGGCGGGUCAAUCAGACCAAACAGAUUCUAGCCACACAGUUCAACUUCAGACUGCGAACACCAGACCUCAUCAUCACUCCUGUAGAGGAAGCUGUGGUAGAUAAAGAGUUGACAGUCAAGAUCACGUUCCAGAACCCGCUGUCACAAGAGCUGAAGAACGUUUUGUUCCGUAUAGAGGGAUUGGGAAUGCAGAGCGUCAGAAAGAUCGAACAUGGUGAUGUGGAGAAGCUUGCGACGGUUACACUGAUGGAGAAGUUUGUUCCUACCGUCUCCGGCUCUCAGAAGCUCCUGGCAUCAAUGGACUGCCGUCAGCUCACUCAAGUGCACGGAUUCGCUGACAUUGUGGUCAAACCAAAAUAAAAAAGCACUAUCACUGUAAAGCCUUUGAAUGCUCUAUGUUUACUUAUGAGAAUGUUUACUUUAUUAAUACUUUAUAUGAAACUGAUGUAAGUCAUCAGUAAAGAUCCUCCAUGUUCUUAUUUUGUGUCUUUACCAAUGUUUAUGUGAGGAGCUGGUCAUGAACUCAUUCUCUAAUGUGAUAAGUUUAUUGUUUAUUUAAAUUACAAGCAAUAUUGGUUGUAGAAUGUAACACUUUAGAUGCUGUAGUUCUUCCAAUAUAAUCCAAGAAUCACAACAUUUUACAUGUAAUUCCAUGCUGACAGUAUUUGUUUUUAUUUUUUUGCAUAGUAACGUACA